UCGCCGUAGUUGCCGGGUAGUGGAGGUCGGGCAUGCUCGUGAAACAACCACCACGAAAUGCUAUGCAAGCGCCCCCCGGAAAAAGACCAUUAACACGAAAUGACAGAGAAACGUGCCGCGGACUACUUUCUUGAAUCGCUUCCCCGCUGAGCCGACUCGUCGCUAAGGAGACGGCAGUCGCGGAGGAGUCGCGGAGCAUCGCGGUAAACCGUCCGUCCGUUUUGUCCUACAAAAGGCGCCGAGAGUUUGACAGCGGCAGGGCCUCACUGCGCAGGCGCGGCGGUUAACGUUAGGUGAACUGCCGGAGCAAGGACGGCGUCCAGAGGACUACAUGAAAACAUAAAGACAAGCGCUGUUUCUGUGGAGGGACUCUAGAUAAAACAUGAGGAAGGACGUGAGGAUACUGCUCGUCGGGGAGCCUAAAGUGGGGAAAACAUCCCUGAUAAUGUCUCUGGUCAGUGAGGAGUUUCCGGAUGAGGUUCCUCUCCGAGCUGAGGAGAUCACCAUCCCAGCUGACGUCACCCCCGAGAGGGUGCCCACUCACAUUGUGGACUACUCAGAAGCCGAACAGUCCGACGAGCAGCUAUAUCAAGAAAUAUCAAAGGCAAAUGUUAUCUGCAUAGUUUACUCAGUCAACAACAAGAAGUCCAUUGAAAAGGUGACAAGCCACUGGAUUCCCCUCAUAAAUGACAGGACGGACAAGGACAGCAGGGUACCACUGAUCCUUGUGGGAAACAAGUCAGACCUGGUAGAACACAGCAGCAUGGAGACCAUCCUGCCAAUUAUGAAUCAAUACCAGGACAUCGAGACCUGUGUAGAGUGCUCUGCCAAAAACCUGAAGAACAUCUCUGAGCUGUUCUACUACGCCCAGAAGGCUGUUCUCCACCCGACAGGACCCCUGUACUGCCCAGAGGAGAAGGAGCUGAAGCCCUCUUGCAUUAAGGCUUUAACUAGAAUCUUUAAAGUGUCCGACCUGGACAACGACGGCAUCCUUAACGACAAUGAGCUCAACUUCUUCCAGAAAACGUGUUUCAAUACACCCCUGGCGCCUCAGGCCUUAGAGGAUGUAAAGAAUGUGGUCAGGAGGAACAUGACAGAUGGAGUCAAGGACAACGGACUCACACUCAAAGGGUUCCUGUUCCUCCACACCCUCUUCAUACAGCGAGGGCGACAUGAGACCACGUGGACUGUGCUUAGGCGGUUUGGUUAUGAUGAUGACCUGGAGCUCACACAAGAAUACCUGUUUCCCUUGCUAAAGAUCCCCCCCGACUGCACCACAGAGCUUAACCACAACGCCUACCUCUUCCUCCAGAGUGUCUUUGACAAACAUGACAAGGACAGAGACUGUGCGUUGUCGCCAGACGAGGUGAAGGACUUGUUCAAAGUGUUUCCCUACAUGCCCUGGGGUCCAGAUGUCAACAACACUGUUGGCACUAACGACCAGGGAUGGAUCACAUACCAGGGAUAUCUCUCUCAGUGGACGUUGACAACAUAUCUAGAUGUACAGCGUAGUUUGGAGUACUUAGGUUACCUGGGCUACUCCAUCAUCUAUGAACAGGAGUCCCAAGCUGCUGCCAUUACAGUGACGCGUAACAAGCGCAUUGAUCUGCAGAAGAAACAGACCCAGCGCAGCGUCUUCCGCUGCAAUGUGUUGGGGGCCCGGGGCAGCGGGAAGAGUGGCUUCCUCCAAGCCUUCCUGGGCAAGGACCUGCAGCGACAGAGGCGGAUUAGAGAAGACCACAAGUCCCUCUAUGCCAUCAGCACGACUUAUGUGUAUGGUCAGGAGAAGUACCUGCUGCUCCAUGAGGUGAUGCCAGAUUUUGACUUCCUGUCAGAGGCGGACCUAGCCUGCGAUGUGGUCUGCCUAGUGUAUGACAUCAACAAUCCACGCUCUUUUGAAUACUGCGCCAAAGUGUACAAGCAAUACUUCAUAGACAGCAAGACGCCAUGCGUGGUGAUUGCCGCCAAAUCAGACCUGCACGAAAUACGGCAGCACUACAGCCUCUCGCCGCAGGAGUUCUGCCGCAAGCACAAGCUCCACCCACCCCAGCCGUUCACAUGCAACACGACUGAGGCUCUCAACAAAGACAUCUACACUAGACUCACCACCAUGGCCAUGUAUCCCCACGCCCGUCUCCGCUGCAUGUGUGCCUGCAACAGGUGCACCUAUUGCCUGUGUCAGAACCUCCUCAAGUCGGAGCUGCUGCGCAAUAUUAAGGCCCAACUGCGCAGGGUCGUUUUCAACAGGUUCAUACCUAGAAUAAGCUCUAGUGUGGGCUACCUGCUGUCAGAGGAGGAUUUCAGCCUGUCACAGCAGGUUUCAGCCGUCUCCAACGUGGAGGGGUCCGUCUUUAUGGAGGUCUCUGCUGUGCAGCUAAAUCCCCCUGAAAGGCACAUGGCUCAGGCGGACCUGAAGAACUCCACCUUCUGGCUGAGAGCGAGCGUCGGUGCCACAGUGUGCGCCGUUCUGGGCUUCGCCAUGUACAGAGCACUUCUCAAACAGCGGUGAUCAGACAGCAUGAGACACCCACUUCCUCUCCCCCCCCUCCUCCCUCGGGUCCGUCUGUUGACUCUGCCCCUUCCCUCCUACCUGAAAGACUCAAAAAGACUGGCCUCAGCCUCCAACUCCAACUCAUCCCCUUCCCACAAGACGAGCAAGAAACAAAUGAGCAAAAUCCUAGGUAGAUUUUAUAUGCAUUUAAAAACAGAGUGUGGUUUAGUUUUUUGGUUUAUGUUGUGGGGAAAGGGGACAGGGUACUUUUGAACUCUCACUUGUUCAUCGGUCAAUUUGUAAAUUCUGACAUUCUGUGAUCUGUUGGUCUAGUCUAAUCUAGUCCAGGGUCAGACACUACUAGUCUUUUUUCCUCAGGUCAGUAUUAUAAGUUGGAGACCAGAGAGAGGCAGCCAUACACAGAAACGCCACAAAGGGACUUGAAUCUGUUUAUAGAUGUGUAUAUGCAGUAUAUUAUGUACGUAUUCCUCAAUAAUUUUAGGAUUUGGAUCCAUAGACUGCUUCACCAGCUAGAAGCAACACCUGCAGGAGGUUUUUAGUGCUACAUCUAAUACUAGAAAAAGGUCAUGGAUGACAUUCACUAUUUCAUUUUGUGUGUUAAUUUAUUAACCUGUUUUUGUUUUCCGGUCUGUUUUUUGAGUGCACUGCAUGAAACGGAUUGAGGGAUUUACAUUUUCCAUGUAUUUUUGUAUUUAGUAUUAUGAAAGCUGUCCUCAUCAUGACUUUUUUUCUGCUUCUGUUUUUAAUUUUUCGGUUUUCGAAUAGAGCUUUGUCCCUCGUUAUAUUUUUAUGAAGUUAGAGGCACCAUAGAGCAAGAAAAUUAUGCUACUAACAACAGCCAUUCAACGCACCUCUCCCACCUUAAAACUAUGAAAGUGUUUCUUCUCAUUCUUAUCUUUUUCCAGCAUUUACAAUAAAGAAUUGUAUGAUCAGGCACUGCUGUUUAUGCGUGUUGUUGGGUGAAAUGACAGCUAAUUUAACAGCGAAAAUGGAAAAUAAAAUGGUUUUAAAUAUCUGUAAUAAAUAACAUUUACACCCACUGA